GCCCACAUACACGACGCAGCCAGAGAAACAUGGCAGCUCCCACCGAUGACAAGCAGAAAAUAUCAGCGGCAAUCGCUGAUAUUUUAAAUGAGAAACUCUGCUCUAAACACUUGCUGGGGUUAAAAACAUUCACAAGCGCACUGAAAGAAGCAGAAUACAGGGAUGCUGUGGGGGAGGACGUUUUCUCCGACCUCCUCAAGGUCCUCACCGGGCUGGCUGAAGGCCUGCAUAGUGCACGCAGAGACAGUGACGACUCGCAGUCUUUUACUCUGCAGCUCCAGCUCACCGCUGAGUGCUUCAGAUCCCUGAGGAACUCCUGCGUUCAGAAUGCGCGCAACCAAAAGCUGCUCAGGGAACUUGGAUUCAUUGGUGUAUCCCUUAAACUCUUAAGUUAUCUUCAGACCACAAAUUUGGAGAGCAAAGACUCCUUAGGUGAAGCUCUUCAGUGUGGGAUCCAGUUUCUUGGCAACGUCGCUGUAGGAAACCAGAUGAACAAGGAUGAAGUUUGGCGGCACAGCUUCCCUGGCUACUUCCUGGGGCUGCUCUGCAUUGAUGAUGAGAAAGUGGUGAACUACACCUCUAUGGUUCUCCACACGUGUCUGGAUAAAGCUAAAGUAGAAGAUCUGUCAACGCCGCAUAACAUCACGCUGGCACUCAAAGUGAUGGAGCUGUGUAGAACCCAGCCUGACAUGGACUGGACCGUGCUCAUCGCAACCCAGCAUUUCCUCAAGUCCUCAGCUCUGGUGGAAAGCAUGUAUUCUGGGAUGUCCCAUCAUGACAGAGUAACUCUCUUAGAGCUACUUUUGGCCCAGUUAAGAGAAGAGGGCUCGGAGGGCUGUGGUGUUCCCCCCAGCGUGGCCCGUUUCCUGGCCGGUUCUUUCCAGAAAGGUUGUGGAGCAGUGCUUACACUCGCUACGGGUUCUGCUUCCAGCAAUGAGGUCCUACAGGAGGCGCUGACAGUGAUAAGUCUCUUGGAUGUGCUAUGCGAGAUGACCUCAGACCACAAGCAGUUCAUGUUCCUGCAGGACCAUCCUGAUCUUCUAGAGACUACAGUUGAGCUUCUGCAGCAAGUGCAUGCCAUUGGGAAGGCCAGUAAGAAUAUUUUCAGCGCCACGCAGAACUUCUCCUCCUUUGCCGGAGAGGAUGACCCAGCCUCCCAUUCUCCAGUCGUCAGCUUUAAGGCCCACCUCAUCAGGCUCAUAGGAAACCUCUGCCACAGCAACACGAGCAACCAGAACAAGGUGAGAGAGCUGGAUGGCAUCCCACUCAUCUUGGACAACUGCAACAUAGACAGCAACAACCCUUUUAUCAGCCAGUGGGCCAUCUUCGCCAUCAGGAACCUCCUAGAAAACAACUUGCAGAACCAGGAGCUGGUGGCUGCUCUGGAGCGGCGGGGUCCAGUAGACUAUUCUGCUCUCAGGGAGCUUGGAUUCCUCGUUGAGGAGAGAGACGGAAGCCUACUGCUUAAAACUGUGGUGAAAGACUCCUAAAGACAUUGGAGAAAGAAGGUUCUCAACCUACCAGUGGGUUUUUUACUGCAGAGCAGCUAGAGGAAAAGUAACACACAUUAAGUGUGCACUCUGUAUUUACCCCAUAACGAUGCUUUUACUUAAAAUGCGUAAAUCAGAAAAGUCUUAUAAUGAACUUUUCUAUCUCAGCAAAGUUAGAACACAUUGGCAAAAAAUCCACGAGGUCUGCAUGUUAUAGAAGCAGAGGUCAGGAUGUCAAGGGCUCCUGUCUUGUCCUAAUCCGAGUCUGGGAAAUGAAGAGUUGGUGAGUGGCAAACACAUGCUGGCACCUAUUGGAGGCGUUGAUGUCUUGUGGUUUAGUCCAGAGACGAGACGAGAGCACCACAGCGUCAAGGCCUUUCAAACACAGUCAAGUUACCAGCAGGAGCUGGAGUUUACUCACAGGGCUAGCGUGGCUUCUGCCGUAACCAUGAAAGAGAAUGUCUAAAACAUGAUGUAAUCUACCCCCUCCUGCCCUCAACUAAUUAAACUAUUAUGGGAUGAAGCUCUA